AUGCCAGAAUUAAACCCUAUUCUGGCAGUGGUUAUACACGGUUCUUUAUUUUUGUCAGGUUUAAUGGGAAACAUGUUUAUUCUGAUUGUUCACUUUGUAGACUGGUGGAAGACUCGGGAGCUCAACCCUUGUGAUGUGAUCAUCAACUGCAUUGUCAUAUCCAACAUAGCCCUCCAAGGAACAAUUCUAAUCAAUGAGGUCUGCUUCUUCAUGUUUGUGGUACUCUACUUUCAAGAAAGGGUAGUCAAUGCCCUUGCAGCAGCCAUGUCUUCGUUGGCAUUCUCCAGUCUCUGGUGUUCCACCUGUCUGUGCUUUUACUAUUGUGUGAAGAUUAUCAAUAUCAGCGGGGCAUUUUUCUACAAACUCCAGGCAAAGCUUCCAGUAUACAUGCUGUUUUCCUCCAUUGCAUUCACCAUCGUCUUUAUCACAGCCGGGACCAUCAUCGCCUCUUUAUGCAGACACAUACUACGCCUCAAAAAAAACAGAGAAGGCUUUAGCAAUGCAAAAGUCAGAUCCAACCUGUCGGCUGCUAGGACUGUUACCUUUCUGCUCAUACUUUACUUAGCUUUUUAUGGAGUGCUUAAUGCAAUAUUCAAUGAAACUACGGGC